AUGACAGGCCGUCAGAAUGAAUACUUCAUCCCGGGCGAUGGAAUCAGCCGCGAAGUGAUUCAAGCAGAUAUCUGCCGCUACCUUGGAAAUGAUGCGCUCGUGAGACCUGGCAACCAUAGUGGUCGCCAAGGAUUCUUCAUCCGUGCUUAUCGGAAUCUCACAUCGGAGAUGAUUGCUGAUCUGAAGGCCGACUCCGCUCGUUGGGAAGCGGAUGUCUCGCGUCGGGCUGACCUAGGCUAUCCGAGAGCAAACUAUGCUACCUCGGCCAUCCAUGAGGUUCGCCAACAACAGGGGCCCUCCCCUGCCACAUACAGCUCUGCUCCCGCGCAGCCUUAUAUGGACCCUUACUCCCAAAGUCCCUACAGCGGAUCCCAGACUGCUUCUUACCCCAGCCCUGCUUACACAUCUACCCAUUCCCCCUACGGACAAGGCCAAGCUCCGUACCCUCCGCCUCAGGUCACCUACUCUGGUACCCAGCAACCGGUCGUGACCACGGCGGACAUUCACCCUUCUUCUUACACCUACUCGGCAACUGGCCCAACCUAUGGUGGUUACGAAGGUGGUCCCCGCAAUGCUCCCAGAUACCCGGGACCAGGUUAUGAUGCCGAGUCGGACUAUUCUCCCGUGACCUCCGGGAUAGCCUACCCUGCUUCAACUUCUGCCGCGGAUUCCCGGAUGACCGGUUCAAUGGAGCCCAGAUAUACCCCGGAAUACGAGCGCAGUAGGCCUCAACCGACCAGGGAACGGGACCCGCACCGCGGACGGCGGUAA